GGAGGAGACUCCAGACGUUGUGGAAUCUGAUCCCCCCCUGCGGUGCAGGCGAGCAUGCAGACGCUGGCCAUCACAGUGGCGGCCAUUGUUGGCGUCGUCUUCUUGGCCGGCGUCGUGGUGCUGCAUUGCUUUGUCAGGCCCGUGGUCCUCCGGAACAUCCGCGCCCGCGCCUCCGAGACGCCGAGGGCGAGAGGGGCCGGCCCGCCGGGCGACGUGGAAAUGGGCGAGGGCCAGAGGUCGAAGAGCCUGACGAUGCUCGAGCUGCACAUCAGCAGGCUGCGGCGCAGGGUGGGCAACACGCCCGAGAGGCAGGAGCUGGCCCGCGAGGCCCUGAAGGUCGCCGUGAAGAGCGCGGAGAGGGGCGCGCUGCUCGAGGCCGUCUCGGAGGGCUACUACUCCGGCCUGCCCGUGCGGGAGCUGGAGGACGCCAUGCGCGCGAAGGUCAGCAGCGCCGUGCUCCUGAACAAUCUCGCGGCCUUGAGCGAGGCCAUCGAGGAGUGCAGGAGCGCCGGGCUGGCGGAGGAGGACUUGAGGGCGGCGGAGGAGGAGAAGGGGCAGCUGGAGCAGAUCCUGGCGAGGCUGCGCGAGGGCACCGCCGCGCGAGACACCCGCGCCCUGGCGGCGGCCAUUGGCAACGCCCAGCAGAAGGGCCUCGUGGCCAGCGAGCUGCGGGAAGCCGAGGCCAUGAAGGCGAAGGUGGACGAGCUGAUCGACGGCAUGCGGCUCGCCGUCGAGACCCGCGACGUCCAGCGGAUAGACGGCGCCAUCGAGAGAGCCAGGGCCGAAGGACUGCCGAGCCAAGAUCUGGCGGAGGCCGCGCUCGCGAAGACCAGGAUCGAGGAGCUGAUGGCGAGGCUGCAGGCCGCCGUCGACGCCAUGGACCUGGAGGUGCUGGUGCCCAACCUGGAGGAGUGCCAGACGGCGGGCCUGCCCGCCGUGGACCUGCUGAGGCGCGCCGUGGACGCCCGGGCCGCUAUCGAGGGCCUCCAGCGGCUGAACGCUUCGUGUGCGCUGCUGGCGAGGCUCAACAUGACCAUUGGGGGCAGGUCCGCGGCGGAGGACAACGCGCAGCAAAGCAACACCUCGCCCCAAGAGACAGCCAAGUUCGUCGGCUGGAACCCGCAUUCGUUCUUCAGCCGCCAUGGACGCGGAGGUUCAGUUGAUACGUUCGAGGCAAAAUGCGAGUACGACGUAUCGACGCCCGCGCACGUCAGCAUCUACUUCGACAGCGCCGCCGCUAUCGACCAGCUCUACCGCCGCAACGACCGCGACUUGACACUUCCGGGCGAGCGCGGAGCGGGCCCGACCCGCGACGUCUUGCUCACCGCCGCCGAGGAUUUCGAUUACAUGGCCAAGCGCCUCCUGGCCAAGAAGGACCGCAAGUUCUCGCCCACGUGA